UUGUCAUAUCAUGUGCCGUUCAAUGUCUGCGCACGCGCUGACCGUUACUGCUGUGGCAGCGAAGAGACAGCCUCAGUAAGUUCGCUACCUUCGUCAGAAAAUCAUGGAGGAUGAUUCCGCGGAUAGUAUUAGCGUCUCCACAUCCACGCACUUGGUCGACAAACAUAACGAGUAUAGUAUUCAGGUAAUACGCUGGAUUCUCAAGAUGAUUAAUGUAUGGCCGCAACCCGCCGACAUGUCAAUCAUCGAGAAGAUCCGUUCCGAUUUUGCGAUAUUCGUGUGCUACUUCCUAAUAAUCGUCAUCAUGGUACCAAAUGGUAUGAGUAUGUUGCUGGAUUCGGAGCAGUCUUACGAGACCAAGCUGCUGAACUUCGGCCCCGUUACCUUCUGGUUGAUAGCGAUGGUGAAUUAUUCUUUCCUCUUGAUGCACGUUGGUGAUAUACAAGAUUGUGUAGAUCACGUGAAAACGGAUUGGCACAUGAUCAGGAGACUCGAAGAUCGGACAGUGAUGCUGAAGAGCGCCAAGCUAGGUCGAUUCAUCGCCGGUUUCUGCGCCGUGUUCAUGCAAAGCGGUGUGUUCUCAUACAAUAUCGUAACAAGCCUCUCCAAGAGUGUCUUGCACAUGGGAAAUAGCAGCAUGAUGGUUCGCACAUUACCCUAUCCCGUCUACAAGAAGAUUCUAAAUACGUACUUGAGUCCGACGUACGAGCUUGUAUUUAUUCUGCAAUGCCUCUCGUCCUUCGUCGUCACCUGCGUUACAGCCGCCACAUGCGGCCUGGCAGCGGUUUUCGUCAUGCACGCGUGCGGCCAAAUGAAAAUCAUGAUAUCUUGGCUUAAAGAUCUCAUGGACGACAGAAGUGAGGAAAAAACUUCUGGGCAAAAGUUUGCAAUCAUUGUAAAUCAUCAUUUGAGAAUCUUGAGCUUUAUAUCCCGUACAGAGAAAAUUAUGAAUAUAAUAUGUCUUGUGGAAUUAUUUGGAUGUACUAUGCAUAUAUGUUUCCUAGGAUAUUAUUGCAUUAUGGACUAUAUUAAUGACAACAAAAAGAGUAUCUUGUCGCAUUCGAUGGUAUUAUCUUCGAUUACUUUUAAUAUCUUUAUAUUUUGUUAUAUCGGGGAGAUACUUUCUGAACAGGGCGAACAGAUUGGUAAAUCUGCGUAUAUGACAAACUGGUAUCUUUUGCGUGGAAAAACCGCCCAAGGACUCAUUCUGAUAAUUCUAAGAUCCAACGCUGGUGUCAAACUAACUGCCGGGAAGAUUGUUCAGCUCUCAUUUUCUACUUUUGGUGAUGUAAUUAAAUCUGCAUUAGCAUAUUUAAAUAUUCUGCGGACUGUAAUGCUUACGUAAAUAAUUAUGGUAUAACAACUUUGGUAUGAAAAAGAUAUUAUGCAAAAUAGGCAGUU